AUGACCGAAAAAACUUAUCAGAAUCAAAAAAGAGUCAAGUUGAGUGUUGAUGAGAUGUUGAGCAAUCCACCUGUAUCUAAUGAGCAUGAAACAUAUUUCGACUCGCUGGAUUUCCAAGGCCUCAAUUUUCCUUGUGUUGAUGAAUCUCUGGUAGUAUCCGUAGCAAUUGAUGAUCUGGAAUAUAUCUACAAGAUCAAGAACUGCCAUUGAUUACAAACAAUUGCAUCAAGGAUGCAGAAACUAAUCAACAGGACAACGAAAUUCUUCAAGCUGGAAACGAAAAUAUAGAAAGUGCAAAUGAGAGUGGAGAUAGUAGCCAAAUGGUUGAUAAUAUAGAUGAUGAUGUACAUGUAACUCAAAACGGAAGUAACGUCAAA